AUGUGGCUAGUUUCGUUUCGUUAUCGUUCGAAUGAUCUCGUCUCAAAAAUAUGGUUGUCGUGUAAUUUUUUCUUCGAUUUGGGGUUGAAAUUUUUCGAAGUGAAUGUAUUGAAGGAUAAGACAAGGCCGUCUGGCAUGGCCCUACUGGAAGGAAGUUUUUGUGAAAAAAUUAUCAGCCCCGUCAAAGGAAAGGACACGCUGUGCGAUAAGCAGACAUAUAGGUGGAAAGUCAACGUGAUUCGUUUAAUAAUGUUAGGAUCAGGCGAGGCAAUUAAUAAGAUGGCAUCGCAUUACAUUAGCCCGUAA